AUGUCUGCGCCGCCAAAAGCACGAGUAGACGAGGACGAGGACCUGGACGACCUGGACGAUGUACUCGAGCAGUUCUCUGCGGCCCCGACCAAGUCUCGAACACCAGUGACAGCCCCCGCAGCUUCCUCCUCGGUCACAUCACCGCCCGCGCCCUACUCGGCGAGCAAACCCGCCUCAGCGCAGCCACAGCCAGGCUUGCUCGGCUUAGAUCUGUCAGAAGACUUUGCACGCGAGCUGACCCUCGGCAUGGAAUCACUCAUGCGCGAGAUCGCCGGUGACGCGGGGCUCGAUGCGGACGCGACUAAGGGGCUGGGUGGCGCCGGGGUGCAGACGGAGGAGGAGAAGCAGCAGGAAGAGGCAUUCAAGGCUGCGUGGGAGAAGAUGUUGGUGGAGAGCAUGAACGGCGCGUUGGAACCGGACGAUCUCCUUGCCGGCGCGGCGAGCAAAGGCGAGGGGCGGGAGUCUGGAGGGCAGCCUGGAGCCACUGACGCUGCGGGCGAGACGGACGCGUUCCAGGCGAGCAUAAAGAAGGCGAUGGAGAAACUGAAAGAGAGCGAUUCAAAUAUGCAGACGGAUGCACAGGACCCAAUUGAGGCGCUCAUGGCGCAAUUAACAGACGGACUCGGAGACUUGAGCGGAGAGUCCGACGAAGAUCUACAGAAGUUCCUCGAAGGGAUGAUGUCCCAGUUGAUGAGCAAAGAAGUUCUGUAUGAACCGCUCAAGGAGCUGCAUACCAAGUUUCCAGAAUACCUGAAAGACAGUGCCGCCACAUUGUCCGCCGAUGACAAAAAACGGUACGAGGCACAAUACGCCCUUUCCGAGCAAAUCGUCGCAAUAUUCGACGACCCCGCCUACUCAGACGACGACCCACAGAAGAGCUCGCAAGUUGUCGCACUCGUGACGGAGAUGCAGAGCCACGGCUCGCCACCACCCGACAUCAUGGGCUCGCUUCCUCCAGGACUGGAAUUCGGCGCAGACGGCUCACCAAAGCUUCCUGAGGGAUGCACCAUUACUUGA